AUGACAUCUAGAACGUCUACUAUCAAAGCUGAUUUAGAUCACAUUUCAAUAGAAUUACGAAAAUAUAAAUUCGAGAAUAAUUAUUUCGAACAGGAUAUCGAAUACUUAAGUGAAAGACUCAAUCAAAUUCAAAUCGAUCUUGAUCGACAUAAACCUCGCAUCAAGAUGGUCAUUCCACCCAUCAAAUUGAAUUUACAACUUCAAAACUCACUCGAACAUGAUAGUAGUCGCGGAAAGAAAUAUUUCUCCGAUGGAACACUUUUAUGUCAAGAACAUCAAAUUCAAUUGAACGAAUUUUACGGAAAACGAAACCAAAUGUGGCGACUUAUUUACAAAGCGACACGAGAUGGAUUUUCUAGUACCGAUUUUUAUCGCUGUUGUGAUAGAAAAGGUGCCACAUUGACCGUGAUUCAAUCAACGAGCGGACAUUUAUUUGGUGGAUACACAUCGAUCAAUUGGGAAACUCACGAGAAUUGGAAAUGGUCGGUGGAUAUGGACGCAUUUCUGUUCACGCUAAUUAAUCCGCAUAAAAUUUUGCCUACUAAAUAUCAAAUAAAUGCUGAAGGUCGAAAUGCAAUCGGUUGCAAAGCGACGAUGGGACCGAUCUUUGGCCUAUGGGACAUUUGUACUUAUUCAAAUAGUAAUCAAAAUGCUCGCAGUAAUAUUAUGUUUCCCAGUGACUAUAUUGAUUCAACUGGCAAAGGACGUCUCACAUUCACCGGUUCACAUUAUUUUAAAACUGUUGAAAUUGAAGUCUAUACUCUCAAGCAGAAAUGA